AUGUCGAUAAAGUUAUCCGGCGGCCUUACCUUUCCCCACAACAACAUCAUCACAUCCUCGCGCACCUCACUUGCAAAAGCCAUGACAGACCAGGUGAGCAUCGACCUCACUCUACCAAAGUCACUUCAGGGCAGGACCGCCGCCCCUUUUGCUCUGAAGAGUGAUAACGGAACGGCUUAUAUUACAAAUCAAAGGGUCAAAUUGACUUUCAAGGACGGCGGCCAUAAUGAAUUCAGGAGCCGUUUUGAGGAGUUGAAAGAGAGGCUUCACCACGUCCGGGAGAUACAGAGGGAGACUGGUCAGAGUGUCAGGAUCCCCGACGAACCCUUACCGGCGUAUGAGGCACCCCUCAACGCGAGCAGCUCUGCCCAUCUUGCACCGCAACCUGCUCCUACCCGAUCGGAUAGCGCGGCGAGUCGUGGCCGCGCGCCAGACGAGCCCCCGCCAGGCUAUGAGGAAGCGCAAGCUCAGACGAUCAGCAUGAGACUUGAGGACCACAUCCGAGAUGCUGCGGAUCGGGGUAACGAUGGCUAG